GCGGAGGGGGCGGGGCUGAACCGAGCUGGGGGCGUGGCCUAAAGCACCGAGACCCCUCCCCCCCGUUUCCCCCCUCCCCCCCCUCCCCCCCUCCAAAACCUCAGGGACCCCGAUGGUGCCCGGGCUGGGGGUUGGGGGUGGGGUGGGGGCACCCAAAGGUCCUGGAGGGGCUCCGAAGGGUGGGGGAGGGGCAGCAGCCGAGGGUGGGGGAGGGGCAGCCAGACAUCCGGGCCGGGUGGGGGAAGGGCGGCGGCGGCACUUCCUGCCCCCGGGGAAGCAGCAGCAGCAGCAGCAGCAGCAGCGCAGGCAGCGGCCGCCCGGAGGGUCCCAGGGCCCCGGAUGGACGUCACCUACGCCGUCGUCAACAAGGCCCGCCGGGGGGGCGGGGCCAGCGGCCGUGACCCCGCCCCCUACGGCCGAGACUCCGCCCCUUAUGGCUACGACCCUGCCCCCUACGGCCGAGACUCCGCCUCCUCCGGACGGGACCCCGCCCCCCCGGGCCCCUGCGCCCUCCCCCCCAGCCCCCUGCGGCGCCCCUCCCCCACCGCCCGGUGAUGCCGCCUACGAGGUCGUGACGCCCCAGGGGGACCCCGGCAGCUCCGCCCGCCUCGGGUUUAACUUCCGCAUCGGAAAACCCAAGGGACCGCGGGAACCUCCGGCCGAUUGGGCGCGCGCCUGAGGGCGGGGGCCUCCCCCGCGCCCCGCCCGCACCCAAUGAAAAAAAAAAAUAAUAAAAAAAUUUUUAUUA